UGUUUCUCCACAGGAGGUCACGCGUGUUGCAAAAUGAAAAAUUAAUUAAAAAUAUUUUAAAGUAAAAUUUUAGUUCAGCUUACAUUUUGUUACUUUAAAUGUGAUUUUCUAAGCGUGCCCAGUGCCUUUAUUAACGACCCCUUUUUUAUUUACAAUUUUGACAGUCACGCCGCCAGCCGCAUUUCUAGAAUUUUUCCGUGAGUGCCUAUUUGGAUAUCGAAGUGUGUGUUUUCUCGUACAAACCAAUCAAAAAUGAGUUGCCCUUUUGGAAAAGAGGCCUUAGACAAAUUGAAACAAUUCGUUGACGUUUGUAAGGCCAAUCCUGACAUUCUGUCGUUGCCGGAUUUAAACUUCUUUAAAGAGUUUAUCGAGUCUUUCGGUGGUAAAGUACCUACACCUUCCAAAAUGUCGUCAGAAGCCCCCAAUGCUCAAACAGAACAAGUCGGUUCUGAUGUUGAAUCCGAACCAGAGUCAGAUUUAGAACUUGAUACUGAAGGCUGUGUGGAUCCUGAUCCAUUGGAUGAAAAUCAAAAGAUGGGCGAUCCAAAUAAAGAAGUGAGUGAAGAAGAUAGUGAUAAGUCUGACGAGAAACGUGUGGAAGCCAUUAAGCAAUUCUCAGAAGGAAAUUACGACAAAGCCAUCGAAUUAUACACUGAAGCAAUCGAACUGAAUCCAUCCUCAGCAUUACUGUUUGCCAAGAGAGGACAAGCGUAUUUGAAACAAACCAAACCGAAUGCUUGCAUAAAAGAUUGCACUAAAGCCUUGGAGUUGAACCCUGAUUCAGCAACAGCGUACAAAUUCCGCGGUCGCGCUUACAGCCUUAUAGGAGAAUGGGAAAAAGCAGCCAAAGAUCUGCGUCAGGCUUGUAAUAUUGAUUUUGAUGAGCAGUCUGAUGAGUGGCUAAAAGCAGUGACACCAAACGCCAAGAAGAUAGAACAACACAAGUUAAAACAGGAACGGAAAAGACUUGAGAAGGAAGAACGGGAGAAAAUAGAAAGGGCACGUAAAGCUCGCGAAGCUCACGCCAAAGCCAAUGCUUCUCGAACUGAAACGAAUGCAAAUGCAAAUUCUGCACCUCCUGCAGACGAUUUUUAUAAACUCCUGCAAGAUCCUGAACUUAGAGCAGCUUUCACCGAUCCUGAAGUCUCGGCAGCAUUUGCUGAUAUUUCAUCAAAUCCUGCUAACUUUUAUAAAUAUCAAUCUAACCCUAAAGUCAUGGCAUUGAUCACGAAGUUGUCUGGAAAAUUGGCAGGCUCUGGAAUUGGACCAGGCAGUUUUCCAGGGUUUCCUGGUGGUUUUCCAGGAUUUGGAGGGAUGUCAGGGGGAGGCGCAGCCCCACCUCGGUUCCAACCUGAUGAUGACAACCUGGACUAAUUUUCAGAUAAACUCUUUCUUUACUUUAGUUUUAGUAAAAAGGCUGAUUUUAUGUAUCUUGCUAUUUGUAAAUUAAAGGGAAUAUUAACUAUUU